AUGAAAUCAAUCAAUAAUGUGACCGAAUUCAUUUUAUUAGGUCUUACACAGAACCCGAAGAUGCAGAAAGUAGUGUUUGUGGUGUUUUUGGUUCUGUACAUGGUUACACUCUCAGGCAACCUGCUUAUUUUUGUUACCAUUACCACCAGCCCAGCUCUGAGCUCCCCCAUGUACUUCUUCCUGUCCCAUCUUUCUUUGAUAGACACCGUUUAUUCUUCUUCUUCAGCUCCUAAACUGAUUGUGGACUCCCUUCACAAGAAGAAAAUCAUCUCCUUCAAUGGGUGUAUGGCCCAAGCCUAUGCAGAACACAUCUUUGGUGCAACUGAGAUUAUCCUGCUCACAGUGAUGGCCUAUGACCGCUAUGUUGCCAUCUGCAAACCCCUGCACUACAAAACCAUCAUGAGCCACAGGCUGUGCGUUUUCCUGGUGGGAGUGGCCUGGACUGGAGGAUUUUUCCAUGCAACCAUUCAGAUUCUACUCACAGUCUGGUUGCCCUUUUGUGGCCCCAAUGUCAUAAACCACUUCAUGUGUGACCUGUACCCUUUGCUGAAACUUGUCUGCAUGGACACUCAUAUCCUUGGUCUCUUUGUUGCUGCCAACAGUGGGUUCAUCUGUCUGUUAAACUUCUUCCUUCUGAUGGCAUCCUAUGUGGUCAUCUUGAGUUCCCUAAGGACCUAUAGUUUGGAGGGAAGGCAGAAAGCCCUAUCCACUUGUGUCUCACACAUCACAGUAGUUAUCUUAUUUUUUGUGCCCUGCAUUUUUGUAUACAUGCGCCCAGUGACCACUCUGCCCAUAGAUAAAGCAGUGGCUGUCUUUUAUACUAUGGUGGCUCCUAUGUUAAAUCCCUUAAUCUACACCCUCAGAAAUACUGAGGUAAAAACUGCCAUGAGGAAGCUCUGGAGCAAAAAAGUGACUUCAUAUGAUGAUUAA